CUUUUAGCAUUUUUUUACAUGGGUAAUAUUGUUUUGACGUGAUUGUUAGAUUUGGCUCUGUUGAGUUCCUUGGGGCACUGGAUUGUUCUAUAAGAAGUUUGUGAUAUAUAGGUUUUGCAUUGUUCUAGUAUUCAGAGUUAAUAACUUUCUCAGCUGGUUUUCUGGAAGACAAUGAUGUUUGCUUUAAUGGGUCUUGAAUUUGAGGAGAUUUUGUGGGUGAUUAUGAUUAGAGUGUUUUCAAACUGCUCCUCAAUUCAGUUAGUUUGUGGCUUUUGAUUGCGGGUUGAUAACGAAAAUGCGGAAUAUUUGGUUGUUCUUCAUGGAUUUUGAUGGGGGUUCUCCAUAUAUUGAUCCCACUGAGUCCAUAUCAAAUAGUUUUGGGGGUCACUUGCUUUCCCAUGUUACUUCAUUUGUGGACAACUCUGUUUAUGGGUCUAGACGCAUAUAUGCCCCCGGCAGUGCAGCUCUUCAAGAAGCAUUUGACUGCAUCUCAAAAUUUGCUGGUGCAGUACUUCUGCAGCUCUCUAGUGGGUCAAAUUCCAAUAUAAGGCACAGGUCGUCGGGUGAUCCACACGUUUCAAAACCUAAAAACUGGAAAUCCUGUGCAAAAGUGGAUCCAACUUGUUCUUGUAAGCAUAAUCUUACUGGAUUUUGCUUCAGUUCUAGGUCAAAAGGAAAAGCCUCUGGCCGGUUGCCUUUUGAUGAAGUUUCAAAUUUCACAAUUAGACAGUUCUGUAGAGAAGUUCAAGGGCUUGAAUCAAUUCCUGUCUUCACAUUAGCAGCUGCUUUGGUACCGCCAUUAGACAAUUUAACUCCCAAAGUAAUGGCUGUUCCACUGGAGGAUACUGGUGUAAGGUCCUGUGAGAUUGAGCACCAGAGGUCUUCUCAUUUUUCUUUUCCCGAUUUAAACUGGACAAGACAUGCAGUUGAGCCCAGGACUGGCAUUGAGUUCCCUACAAUUUUGGACAACAUUUUAGUUGGAGAAAAUAAUUCCAGUUUAACUUCAGAGGUCCUUGUAGGAACUGGAUCCCGAACUAUGAAAAUAAUAAAAAUCAAGUCUCUGAAGGUUUAUGCUUUUGGUUUUUAUGUUCAUCCUUUAUUGAUUUGUGAGAAGUUGGGUCCAAAGUAUGCUUCUAUUCCAGUGGAUGAAUUGAAUAAACGACAGGAUUUUUAUGAGGAUCUUCUCAGGGAGGAUAUUAACAUGACUGUUAGGCUUGUGGUUAAUUGCAAUGGGAUGAAAAUCAACACUGUGAGAGAUGCUUUUGAGAAAUCCCUUCGAAACCGAUUAUUGAAGACAAACCCAGACACCGAUUACCAGUGCCUGACAACAUUUGGAUCUUAUUUCACACAAGAUAUCCCAUUACCUGCGGGGACAACAAUUGAUUUCCGACGAACAGCUGAUGGACAACUAAUCACUGAAAUCGGAGGCAGAACGAUUGGAGUAGUUCAUAGCAAAGAUCUUUGUAGGGCCUUCUUUGACAUGUACAUCGGAGAUGUUCCCGUGUCACACCAAACAAAAGAAGAGAUCGGUAGAAACGUUGCUAAUAUCAUAAGGAGAUGCUAACCUGGUUCAUUCAUUUCUCACCUCCUCGGUCUCUCUUUUUAAAAGGGCAACUGGCUGCUAAUGCAUUUUAAGCUCUGGUGGUAGCUAAAAGGGCCAACCCUACAGGAUCACAUGCAGAUUAUUAGGGAUUAUUCUCUUUGAAUUUCAUUACUAUUCAAUUCUUUGUAGCUUCUCGGGGAUUUUCUGAGGUUAGAUAGCUGCCCUGAUUAGUUUCUUUCUAGUAGAAAAGGGAAAAUAAUAGAUUUCCUUCAUUUCCACGAGGAAAUUUUAUAUAUAUAGAAACACCAUUCUUACCCACAACAUGUGGUUGAAUAGGAUGUAAGCUUUUGAGUUGGUUCAUUCCAUCAAAUUGCAAUAACAUGUCUAUAUACCAUUCAUUCA